AUAAAAUCCAUUUUUUAGGGUUUAUCUUAAGGUUCUAAAUCCAUAGCCGUCAUUGCUCUUGUUCACUUCAAUCGCGCUCGAAAAGCCAAUGGUGGAAACAGAUCAGGCGGCGCCGCCUGCUGGCCAACUUGCCGCGAUGGACUUGACUGACGCCGUUCAGAACCACGCAUUCUCUGACCGCGUCCUUAUCCGGUCCAUCGUUGGCCGGCCCGACGGAGGGGCUGGCCUUGCGGGGCAACGAGUCCGGGCCGCUGGCUGGGUGAGGACCGGGAGAGAGCAAGGGAAAGGAACGUUCGCGUUCUUGGAACUGAACGACGGGUCUUGUCCGGCGAACUUGCAGGUGAUUGUGGACGCCGGCGUGGCUGUUCUGAGCAAGCUGGUGGCGACCGGCACGUGCGUGGUGGUUGAUGGAAUAUUGAAGGUGCCGCCUGAAGGCACGAAGCAGAGGAUUGAGCUUCGGGUCGAAAAAGUGGUUCAUGUAGGCGAGGUGGAUCCUGCUAAGUACCCGAUACCAAAAACGAAGCUGACGCUAGAAUUUUUGAGGGAUCAUCUUCAUCUUCGAUCUAGGACCAACACGAUUGCUGCAAUUGCUCGAAUUCGGAAUGCACUUGCUUUUGCCACUCACUCUUUCUUCCAAGAGCAUCAUUUCCUUUAUGUGCAUACUCCAAUUUUAACCACUAGUGAUUGUGAGGGUGCUGGUGAAAUGUUUCAAGUUACAACUUUGAUUAGUGAAGCUGAAAAGUUGGAGAAGGAGCUGAUUAAAAAUCCUCCUCCAUCUGAAGCGGAUAUAGAAGCAGCUAGGCUACUUGUGAGUGAGAGGGGGGAGGCUGUUAAACAGCUGAAAGCUGCUAAAGCAAGCAAGGCGGAUAUCACUGCUUCUGUGGCUGAACUUAAUAAAGCGAAGGAGAGUCUCUCAAAGCUGGAGGAGAGAUCUAAACUGAAACCUGGGAUCCCCCAAAAGGAUGGCAAGAUUGACUAUACUCAAGAUUUCUUUGCUCGCCAAGCCUUUUUGACAGUUUCUGGCCAACUACAGGUUGAAACUUAUGCUUGUGCUGUUAGUAAUGUGUAUACCUUUGGGCCAACUUUCCGUGCUGAACACUCUCACACUUCAAGGCAUUUGGCAGAGUUUUGGAUGGUGGAGCCUGAAAUAGCAUUUGCAGAUCUUCAGGAUGACAUGAACUGUGCCGAGGCAUAUGUGAAGUAUAUGUGUAAAUGGUUGCUUGAGAAAUGCCUUGAUGAUAUGGAAUUCAUGGCUAAAAAUUAUGAUAAAGGUUGCAUUGACCGGCUGAGAAUGGUUGCGUCAACUCCUUUUGUACGUAUAUCAUACACAGAAGCAGUGGAGCUGCUAGAGGAAGCUGUGAGAGGUGGUAAGAAAUUUGAGAAUGAGGUGGAGUGGGGGAUUGAUUUAGCAUCCGAGCAUGAAAGAUACUUGACGGAGGUUAAAUUUCAGAAGCCUGUUAUUGUUUAUAACUACCCAAAGGGAAUUAAAGCAUUCUACAUGAGGCUCAAUGAUGACUUAAAGACAGUUGCUGCUAUGGAUGUCCUUGUGCCCAAGGUUGGAGAAUUAAUUGGGGGAAGCCAAAGGGAAGACCGUUAUGAUGUUAUUCAGGAAAGAAUUACAGAGAUGGGGCUGCCUCUGGAGCCAUAUGAGUGGUAUCUUGACCUGCGGCGCUAUGGAACUGUUAAACAUUGUGGAUUUGGUUUAGGCUUUGAACGAAUGAUUCUCUUUGCCACUGGCAUCGACAACAUUAGAGAUGUUAUUCCCUUCCCACGAUAUCCAGGGAGGGCUGAUCUUUGAUUGGGUCUUCAUUUUCAGCUAAAAAAAACACACACAAAGAUGUUAGUUUUUUCCCUUAGUAUUGAUUACUCCUAUAUUGUUUUGUUUUGAUUGAAACAAAUUGUAGUAGUAAAGCGGUUUCAUCAUUCUUGCCUUUGCUAUAUUUCGGAACAGCCCCCACUUUUUGGUUGUUAUAUUUUAUAUGUUAGUAUCAUUAUUAUUA